AGGAGCUUUAAAACAAUGUUCACAUUAGUUUGUCAUAUACAUUUAUGCAUUUGGCAGAUGCUCUUAUCCAGAGCGACUUACAAUUUACUCAUGUUACAGAGGCAGACAUAUGGAGUGUCAGGAGUAUUGCCCAGAGACUCUUACUGGCACGACAUGGUGUACUUGCACAGACAGUUCAUGUUUUGCAACAAUUUGUAAACAUCUAGUUGCCCACCCCAUUACAGCAGUAAUAGCCUCUACUCAUCUGGGACGGCUUUACACUAGAUGCCAGAAUGUUGUUAUGAGGAUUUGAUUGCAUUUAGCCACAAGAACAUUAGUGAGAUCAGGUAGUGUUGUUGGAUGAUUAGCUCUGGAUCACAAAUGCCACUCCAGCCCAUUCUAAAGGUACUCACAGAUGCACCGUCCCACAGCCAAAUGCUGGGGGGUCUUGCAUCCCUCAAGCGACUGCUCCGGAGUAGAGGUGGGCAAUACGGCAAGAUAUAAUAUCACAAUACUUCGAGAGGUUUUUUUAACGAUACAAGAUAUGUCACAAUAUUUCUUUUUCGUACAUCUGAUAAGUUAGAACAGAAUAAAUAGUGACACAUUUUUAAAAUCUCAUCACAAAUUCUGAAUCAAAUUAUUUACAUAGCAUUUCACGCACUACACUAAAUCUAAUUAAACACGUCUAAUUAGGCUCUCUUUUUAAUCAAAUAUGCUAUUGGGACGUGAAUUUUAAGUACUGACGUUAUCAACGAUAUACUCAAAAAGGCAUAUUGCUAUAGUGAUGUAAUUUGUCACGAAAACUUUAAAUAACUUUUUUUUAACUUUUAAAAACAAUAUUUACAUCACAUUCAUUUUUACAGCGAUUAUACACGCAGUUAAACGCCUGUGUUAGCAACGGGUGCACCUUAAAGUAGCAACAUUCGUUAACUAAAGUGUUAUUUACAAACUUUGGCAAAUAUAGUGUAACCAUAGCGGGUCCUUUACCACUCAGAAACGUUACUACCGCAACAGGAAACAAAUCUGCUGCAGUUCACUAACAUUUCGACUCAAAUCUUCAUCAGAAUGGGCUGCUCAGGUGGGAAUAUAUUUGCUUACCUAGCUAGCUUAACUCUUUUGUGACAAGCUAAGCACGCAGCUAAAGCUAAUCAGGCCAGAGCACCACUUUACAGCUGAUUUUAUCAUUACUCGCUCUCUAUUUAUGAGACAUCGGACCACCGCUCACCCACAGACAACAAUAAGAAGCAUGUCAUUAAAAUAUUAGGCGGUAUAUUUUUAAAACUGUACCUUAUCAGCUGCGAACUGCUGGUCCUUCACCUCGUAUGAUUUCAGUACGCUCUUUAAAAAUAGACACUCAGCCACUCAGCGCCAUCUACUGAUGUGGAGGACAUCCGGUAAACAAACGGACGUAGCAGCUCCAGUCGUGAACUUGCGGAAGAGAUCUAGAUAAUUAUGGAUAUUUUGCGGCCUGCACUUAUUAACAUCAAUGGGAGAAUUUACAGGAAAAAUCCUGUUAAAGAGGAACAUUAUGAAGAUGAAGAGGAGGAGGAUUUCUCAUACUCUGGACCAGUCGCAGAUCAGUGCAUGGAUGAACCUUGUGACGGUGUUAAUAUUGAACAGACCGAAAAGGGUUUUCGUUGUGCCAUAGAUGUCCCAAGUGUUCUUUACAAGUACAUCAUUGGAAAGAAAGGAGAGACGCGGAAACGGCUUGAAUCAGAAACCAAAACUUCAAUCAGUAUUCCCAAACAAGGAGUGGAGGGACAGAUAGUGAUCACAGGACCUCAGAAGUCUGCAGUGGCAUCAGCCGUUACUCGUGUAGAGGUUUUGAUAGAGAGUUUCCGCAGGAAGCAACCAUUCACCCAUUUCCUGUCCUUCGCGCUUAACCACCCCCAGGUCCAGGAGGGGUUCCAGCGCUUUAAGGAGGAAGUACUGGAGCACUGUUCUCAGGAUUUGGGAGUGGAUGAGAGCAUCUUUCAAAACCCAGCUAAACUGCACCUCACCAUAGGAACUAUUGCCCUGCUGAAUGAACAGGAAGUGAUGCGAGCAUGUGAGCUGCUGCAGCAGUGUCAGGGCUUUAUCAGGGAUGUAACAGAAGGGAAGCCCUUAGCUCUGGAGGUAAGAGGGAUUGAGUACAUGAACGAUGACCCCUCCAUGGUGGAUGUCUUGUACGCUAAGGUCAUCACUCAGGACGCCUCUGAUAGAUUGCAGCAGAUAGCAGACAGGCUGGUGGAGAGUUUUGUAGCAGCAGGGCUGAUGGUGAAAGAGUGGGACAGAGUGAAGCUUCACGCCACUGUCAUGAACACACUGUUCAGAAAGGAUCCUUCAGUGGAGGAUAAAGGAGGCCCAGGAAGGCAGAAUAUGAAGGAUCGAGAAGCUUUUGAUGCCAGAAAUAUUUUGGAGAUGUUUGGAGAAUUUUAUUUUGGAGCGUGCAAGUUGGACUCUGUGCAGUUAUCUCAGAGGUUCUCCUCUGAUUGUACAGGAUACUACUGUUCAGCUGGACAUGUCACCUUCUCCUGACCUGCUGCCCCUGUACAAAUGCAAACAGAUGCUUAUGGAAUAAGAUAAACUCAUACUGAGUCUUUUUUAUUACGAAGUUUAUUUCCCACUGUUGUGGGAUUUGGAAGCCUGGAGAGUAAGCACAUGUUUCUCUGAGUUACAGUCAUGGUAUCAGUGAGAGAAAAAAAACUUGUCUCUUCUGAUAAUUUACCAUUUAUAUCUGAUGUGUCUGUAGCAGACUAGAGUCGCAUGCUAUCAGUAACAAUAUAAUGUUAUUACAUUAAAAAACCUCAUCAUCCUAUCUUCAGUGCUUAUU